CACAAGAAAAUAAAGGAAGCUUCCUUGGGAUAGUGACUCAUUCAACAGAGUCUGAGAAGCAGCGAAAUAUCCUUCUUCCUGCAUCAAGUUCAACACUUUAAUGUCUUUGUUUUGGCAUUCUUUUAUCUUCAAGAUUUUGUUUUGACACAGUGAUGUCUUUGUCUUUCUCAGGUUAUUAUCCAUUUGACACUUGGAAACAAAGUGGAGGUGUUACUUGAACUGGAUUAUAGGUUUGCUUAUAGCUUGAAACUAUGUCUGCUUAUGCCCAUCAAAAUCAAAUGGAGCAGGAGUACUCUCCACCUAGUCUCUCAGAUGAUUCUGAGAUGGGAAGCCAUUACGAGAUAGAAUCAGGAUUCUACAUGAAAUCUUUUACCGCAACAAUCUUUGUUGCCUCACUUGUCACUCUUGGAGUUCUAUUGAUUACUUUGGUGAUUUCCUUGGUGAUUAUGCUGCAAUCCUGUCAAAGUAAAAAUACCGGAGCUAUUGAGCUUCUGAAUAUGAAUGAUUAUUACAGUUAUUGCAGGGUGUAUUCUCUGCAUGCUGAGCUCAAUAACUUAGAAGGAUAUCAUCUUCCUAAAAUCUGCGGAGACCUGGCCGUACAGUAUAUAAAAGGAGGUCAAUAUGCUAGAGACUUGGAUAUGACUGUGUCUGUGAUUGAUGAUUACUUCAAGAGUGUUAAACCUUCAGAUGAUGGUUUGGAUGUGGCUUUGAUGGACGUAGAUGACAUUUUUCCUCAGAAUCCUUAUUCUUCCAAUUUGUUUCACAGGUUUUAUAAUGACAGCACUAGAAACUGUAUUAAAGAGGCAAGGAAUGUAAAGCUCAUGUUUGUUUUAAGAUUAUACAUGUACCUUCAAGCUGGUGGAUGGUCUAUAAUUUUGUUAUCAAGAGAGCCUGGGACACAUCGAAACGUCACUGUUAAUCAUCUCGUCUCUGCAGGAUUUAGAGGUUGGUCUGCCUUGAUGAUGAGAGCAGAAGAUUCAGAUUCUACCAAAGGGAAUGAGUACUUCUCUAGGCAAAGGAAUGUGAUAGAGAGGAAGGGCUUCCGAAUAAGAAGUAUCAUAAGCAGCCAUAUGGAUGCGUUGACCAUUCCAGAUACUGGGAUGCAAAAUUUUUUGCUGCCAGACCCUGCAUGUGACAAGUUUGAGCAGCAGAUCCAAGCAUAGCUACUAAAUACAUAGAUCAACGAAGAUCUUGUGCACUGAAAGGGUCCAUGUGGCUUUGACCUUAGUAAGUGAUGAACUGGACAUGCUUUGCUCACUUGGAAUCGUACUGAUUGGGAUAGCAUUAACCAUAAUGGCACUC